UGGGAGUUGAUGUCUUCUGCUUGAAAAACAAAGACAGUGACCCAUGGCCAACAUAGCUUUUCGUCCACAAUUACAAAAAAGUGAAAUUUGGUUUGUGGUCCAAUUUGAUUAGGCUGUAAGGGCGGCGAGUGAAUAAGGACGGGCUCGGAACGUUUGUGCUGCUCCACUGUGUGCCGGAGGAACUGUUUAUCCAGUAGUAAGCAACGAGCAAGAUGGUUGAUGUGGGCUGCGAGUUCGAGGAUUCAGUCUUCGAAGAGUUUCGGGUGAAGAAGGCGGUGCAGAAAUCGGAGUCGGGCAGUUACAAAGCGAGAUUCUGCGAGCCGGAGUGGUUUUGGGAUGACGUUUCCACCAUGGACGAGGUGAAGAAACUGACUGCACUGAAGUUUCGAGGCGACCUGGCAUUUAAGCGUCAGGAUUAUCAGAAAGCACUAUGUGAAUAUGCCAGUAGCCUGGCUCUUGUUCCAGACUCAAAUAUAGCUCUUAGAAGAGACCUACAGGAGGCUCGAGCUCGAUGUCUAAGCUAUCUUGGCAGAGACGAAGAUGCCUUGGAUAUAGCACAAGAAUUGAGAUCUGAAGUAACAAACACAGACCACCUCACCACGGUUCUUAAUCUCAACAUUAAAAUUUAUCACAAUGCCGGAAAUCUGAUGCAAGAGCUUUGCUGUUUACAACAGUUAAUUUCCUUGCAUCCGCUCAACCCGUGGUAUUGGAAGAAGAUAGCUGAAGCCUACCUUGGUCUUGCUCAAGGUUUAUCAUCGCCAACAGCACCACCUGUCCCAGACUGCAAGGGCGGGCACUGCCUUAGAACAUCACAGCAGUCAGCAAGAGAGGCAGAAUCCUCUAAAACUGGACCUGACUGUGCACGGCUGCAAGGUGAAAGCAAAAGAUCUCCCAUGUCGGAGACUUGUGAAAGGCAGUUGGUGUGCUCUGCAAGUGUGUCCACAGAAGAGCAUUCAGUUCUGAUGCUGACAAGAAGUAGAAAGCCACUGGAGCCAGUGAAUGGUUCAUCAUCCUGUUCAAUCAUUGCCGCUAACAUGGAGUCCAAAAUUGGAGGAGAGCUGCAACAUCUGUGGCUAUUUGCAUAUUCGUCCUUUGUGAGAGCAAGACUUCUGUUGCAGAUGAUGAAGCCUCAGCAGACAUCAUUUGUCCUGGAGAGGAGCCAGGCUGUGCAGGAAGAGAUCAGUCAGCAGCUCAGCAGGCUGUAUCAGAGUGAAGAGUUGCUGAAUGUCCUAACCAAGACAAUGGGGAAGGACCUAUUGUCAGAGAAGAUCAAGAAUGGUGCUGAUGCUGAAGGAUGUGCUGCUUUUCCCAAUUCAUCUGCUUUAUCCAACGUUAACAUUGAGACAGGCUCGGACUUUGAGGAAAGGUGGUUUAAGAAGACUCACUAUAUUUUCCUGCCAUGGUAGGGUGGGGAGAGAAAAGAAGAGCUUUGAGUAUUGCAAAUGUGGCUUGAUCAUUGCCAAGGAGACUGUGUUUAUUGUGGACAGUUAAAGAAAUGUGCUGCUUUGGUGAGUUGAGCAAAAUGCAGAGCCCUCUAGGCCAGAGUGGUGAAGUACAAAACAAGAUCACAGUCUUAUGGUGGAUUGAUUAUGCUUUGCACAGCCUUACUGAAGCAGUUGGAUUUCAGAAGUGGCGUACGAAACAAGCUGAUUUGUACUUUACCUCUGCAGAAUUCAUUGAUAAAACACUGUUCACUUGAGUCCUGUCAGUGAUAUCGCUAGCAAUGUGUUCAGAAAACAGGCGCUUGUUACUGUAAGACCUCUAGUAUAAUCCAGUCACCAGCUGUGUGAAGAGUAAUCUUCUUGUACAGUGAUUUCAGCAUCUGUAUUUAAAAUAUUCUAACAGCAUGAUUUUCUCCCCACAGUUUUAUUACUAUUUAAUGUGAUCCUAAAUUUUCUGUAAAUGGAGAACAUGAGCAGAGGGAAUAAUUAAAGACAAGAGAAAAUCUGCAGAUGAUGAAAAUCUAAGCAACACAGCCAAAAUGUUGGAGGAACUCAGCAGGCCAGGCAGGAUCUAUGGAAAAGAGUAUAGUCAAAGUUUUGAGCUGAGACCCUUCAGCAGGACUGGAGGGAAAAAAGAUGAGCCAGAUGGAGGGAGGGAGGAAGAAACACGAGGUGAUAGGUGAAAUCGGGGGUGGGGGUAAAGAGCUGGGAAAUUGGUAAAGGGCUGGAGCAGGGGGAAUCUGACAGGACAGAAGGCUAUGGAAGAAAGAGAAGUGGGAGGAGCACCAGAGGGGGUGAUUGGCAGGUAAGGUGGGAGAGGGAAUGGUAAGGGGAGGGAACAUUACCGGAAGUGCGAGAAAUCAAUAUUCAUGCAAUCAAGUUGGAGGAUAUCCAGACGGAAUAUAAGGUGUUGCUCCUCCAACCUGAGUGUGGCCUCAUCACAACAGUAGAAGAGACCAUGGACUGACAUGUCCAUGUAAUAAUUUAAAUUUUGUUUCCCCACAUUUUCUACUACACAUUGUUGAGUUGUUAUGUCACCUUGCUGUACAUAUAAACUUGGGUCAUCAGGUUUGUGUUGUGAAUACAUACCGAACAUGUAACUUAAACUGACAUUCCCAGUGAAGUACAACAGGGAUGCCACACUUUCAGAGGUGCUGCGCUUCAGUAGAGUGUUAAGUUAAGAAUCUUUUAGCAGAUUAAAGUGGUUGCAAAGUAUCUUGUUACGCUGAAUAAAGUGCUUGGCAUUCUGCAUGACCUGGCCCUCUUGAUCCCUCAUCUAGCAUAAAAUGGAUUACUCUUUGUGAGAGCUUGCUGUGCACAAUUUGGCCAUUGCAUUUCUGAUAUUACAAUAAUGAACAUGCUUCAUUGGUUGUAAAGUGCUUUGGGACAUUCGAAGCUUGUGAAAGCCGUGUUCAAAAUGCCUUAGAGAUUAAAGUUCUUGCUGCUUAUUAACAAGCAAGUUGUAGAUGUAAAGGAGGGGGACGCAAAUGAAGACUUCAAAAGUUAAGAGGAUGUGAUUAUUAUUAUACUGGCUUGUUCUCUGAACAUAUGAGGUGAAAAGCCAGGGUUGUACAGAACUGUGGUGUUCUUGGGUUUGAUAGUCUGUGUCCAUUGGUUUCAGUCUACGUGUACGCAGGUCAGAGCCACCAGGAUGUCCACACCUGAUCACUGUUGAACGUUCCUUGCUUGAAAUUCAUGUCUGAGGUACUGAUUGGGAAUUGGUUUGAAUGAAUUUAACCUGGAGCAGUCCUAGAGUUAGGACCACAGAGCUCAUGUGAUUAGGAUCUUGACCGAUAUUUAGAUGGAUCUGCCCACAUUGAUGCUGCGACUCACAUACACUAUGGAAGUUCCAGUUUCCUAAACUAACACAGCAACCUCUGUCCUCUACUUGAGCUGUGAGUACCCCUUCGGAGCCUAACGAAGCAGCUCUCAAACUUAGAAAAUGGCUUCUGAGCCUGUGCCGGGUCAACCCUGUUGCAAGAACAUUCGGUGCAUUGGGAUAGCAGGUUUUUAAUUAGUAUUUAGCUUCCGUGUUUUUAAUUGAGUUUCAAUUUGUUUAUUGGUGUUUAAAUAUAAGACUUCUUAUCAGUUUUUUUUUAAACUUUGUCUUCCUCUUUGAAACAGCUGCUGCUGAUGGUCUGUGUCAGAGAUCAGUAGGAGUGACACCAGUGUUAGAUACCUGAGGACAGCUCAGCAGUUGUUGGAGUCAUUGUGUGAGUGUAGCUGGCUUUCCUCACUGCUAGGGUCCCUGUCCUGUGCUGGUCCGCACUUGGGUGCCGUGCUGGAGCAGACAGCUAGUGAGGGGAAGAGGCAGCAGCCUCAGGAUUGUGGAUAGAUGGAUGUUGUGCAAAGUCCUGGGCCCACAAACCAUGCAGGGGAAGAACACGUGCAUGGUCUCAGCAGGUCAGUCAGCAACUGUGGAAAGUGAAACAGUUUCUCUCUCCACAUAGAAACAUAGAAACAUAGAAACAUAGAAACAUAGAAACAUAGAAAAUAGGUGCAGGAGUAGGCCAUUCGGCCCUUCGAGCCUGCACCGCCAUUUAUUAUGAUCAUGGCUGAUCAUCCAACUCAGAACCCAGCCU